AGUUUAUGUAUAAAUGCAGUGAUCAUUCACAUCCAGUCUGGUCGUAGGAAGGUUUGAGUCAGUCACGAUGAUUGGCCUGAUUGUUGUCACACUUCUGGGCGCUGCAGCUGCAGCACCUACGGAUGACAGGAUUGUAGGUGGCUACCGGUGUCCAGCCCACUCUAAACCCUGGCAGGUGUCUCUCAAUGUCGGCUACCACUUCUGUGGCGGCUCCCUUAUCAAUGAACAGUGGAUCGUCUCUGCUGCCCACUGCUGGCAAAACCCAAUGGCACAGAUUGCCGUCUUGGGAGACAACCACAUCUGGCAGAACGAGGGCACGGAGCAGUACAUGUCAGUUGAUGCCAUCUACUGGCAUCAGAGUUACGACUACAAGACCCUAGACUACGACAUCAUGCUGAUGAAGCUGGCGCACCCUGUCACUGUGAACCAGUACGUCAAGCCUGUAGCCCUGCCCAAAGCCUGCCCCACACCCGGGGACAUGUGCACGGUGUCUGGAUGGGGGAACAUCUACACUGAUCAAGUGUUCAACCCAUUUUACCUUCAGUGUGUGGAAGUCCCCAUUCUGUCUAACAAGGACUGUGAUGGUUCCUACCCCGGCAUGAUCACUGACCGCAUGGUGUGUGCUGGAUACCUGGAAGGAGGAAAAGAUUCUUGUCAGGGUGACUCUGGUGGUCCUCUGGUGUGUAACGGGGAGCUGCAGGGUAUUGUCUCAUGGGGCCAGGGCUGUGCUCAACCCAACUACCCGGGCGUUUACACCAAAGUGUGCUCUCUGAUGCCCUGGAUCAACGAUAUUCUCUCCACAUACUCCUGUGAAGUCUCUCAUCAACAGGAUCACACAGCAACCAUGAGGUCUCUGGUCUUCGUUCUGCUCAUCGGAGCUGCUUUUGCCACCGAGGAUGACAAGAUCGUCGGAGGGUAUGAGUGCACGCCCUACUCCCAGGCCCAUCAGGUGUCUCUGAACUCUGGCUAUCACUUCUGUGGUGGCUCCCUGGUCAACAAGAACUGGGUUGUGUCUGCUGCUCACUGCUACAAAUCCCGUGUGGAGGUGCGUAUGGGAGAGCACAACAUCAAGGUCACCGAGGGAAACGAGCAGUUCAUCAGCUCCUCCCGUGUUAUCCGCCACCCCAAAUACAACUCCUACAACAUCGACAAUGACAUCAUGCUGAUCAAGCUGAGCAAGCCUGCCACCAUCAACCAGUACGUGAAGCCUGUGGCUCUGCCCACCAGCUGUGCCCCUGCUGGCACCAUGUGCAAAGUCUCCGGCUGGGGCAACACCAUGAGCUCCACUGCUGACGGUAACAAGCUGCAGUGCCUGGACAUCCCCAUUCUGUCUAAGAGAGACUGUGAUAACUCCUACCCUGGCAUGAUCACUGAGUCCAUGUUCUGCGCUGGAUACCUGGAGGGAGGCAAGGACUCUUGCCAGGGUGACUCUGGUGGCCCCGUCGUGUGCAACGGUGAGCUGCAGGGUGUUGUGUCCUGGGGCUAUGGAUGUGCUCAGAAGAACAACCCCGGUGUCUACGCCAAGGUCUGCCUCUUCAACGAGUGGCUGGAGACCACCAUGGCCACCUAUUAAGUCUGAUCCUGCGAUCACCAUGCUCACUUUAUUCCAUCAUUCUAACUUCAGUAUUGUUGAGUUUUGAAUAAUGUGCAGCCAUUUUCCAUCUGAGUCAAUAAAGUCUUACACCUUGA